GGCGCCCUGGGGCGUGGGGCCGGGGAGGCCGCGGGGGUCUGGCCAGACGGUCACGGCUUGUUAGGCGGGGCGCGGGGCGCUGCUCCUGGGGGCUCUGCUGGCCCUGUGCAGGCCCCAGUUCAGGGAUGAGCAGAAAGCCUGGCGGGGUAGGGCUCAGGACACAGGGCGGCAGAGCUUGCAGGCCGAGCAGAGGGGCCAGGCUGUGAGGCGCCCUGGGGUGCACGGGUGCGUGCCCAGCCGGGGCUCUGGUGCAGGGCCCUCUCUGGGGUCCAGUGAGGUCCUUCCUUGCAGACAGGCUGCUCAGAGCCCACAGGUCUUAAAGGCUGUUUCCCGCAGUGGGGCCUACAGAGGCCCAUUGGCCUGCCUCCUCCCCACUUAUCAGGUGGAGGGGGCUGCUGGGUGUGCCCCCUGGGGAGAGCAGACCAUCGAAGAUAAGCCCACAGUCCUCGCGCCAUCUGUUCACGUGGGCAGGGAGAGUGGGGCUGGCGGAGGGGCUCUGCGGGCCAGGGAGACCCCACGGACACUGCAGUGCGGCGGGCCGGCCAUGGAUGGCCGGCAACGCUAUGACCUCCUGGUGAUCGGCGGUGGAUCCGGCGGCCUGGCCUGCGCCAAGGAAGCCGCCCAGCUGGGGAAGAAGGUGGCCGUGCUGGACUACGUGGAGCCUUCCCCCCGAGGCACCAGGUGGGGCCUCGGCGGCACCUGCGUGAAUGUCGGCUGCAUCCCCAAGAAGCUGAUGCACCAGGCGGCGCUGCUGGGGGGCAUGAUCCGCGACGCCCCCCACUACGGCUGGCGCGUGGCCCAGGCCCCGCACGACUGGGCAACAAUGGCGGAUGCCGUCCAGAACCACGUGAAGUCCCUGAACUGGGGCCACCGCGUCCAGCUGCAGGACAGGAAAGUCAAGUAUUUGAACGUCAAGGCCAGCUUUGUCGACAUGCACACAGUUUGCGGUGUCUCCAAAGGUGGGGAGGAGACUCUGCUUUCGGCCGAGCACAUUGUCAUUGCCACCGGAGGUCGGCCGCGGUACCCCACGCACAUCGAAGGUGCCUUGGAAUACGGGAUCACGAGCGAUGACCUCUUCUGGCUGAAGGAAUCCCCUAGAAAAACGUUGGUGGUCGGGGCCAGCUACGUAGCCCUGGAGUGCGCGGGCUUCCUCACCGGGCUCGGCUUGGACACCACCGUCAUGAUACGCAGCGUGCCCCUCCGGGCCUUCGACCAGCAAAUGGCUUUGCUUGUCACCGAGCACAUGGCUGGCCACGGCACCCGGGUCCUGCGGGGCUGCGCCCCCGAGAGGGUGGAGAAGCUCCCAGACCAGCAGCUCCGCGUCACCUGGGUGGACCUUGCCUCGGACCGGAAGGAUGCGGGCACCUUUGACACCGUGCUCUGGGCGAUAGGCCGAGUUCCAGAAACCGCGAGUCUGAAUUUGGAAAAGGCUGGUGUGCGUACGAACCCCGUCACUGGGAAGAUCCUCGUUGAUGCCCAGGAAGCCACCUCCAUCCCCCACAUCUACGCCAUCGGCGACGUGGCAGAGGGGCGGCCGGAGCUGACGCCCACGGCCAUCAUGGCCGGGCGGCUCCUGGCCCAGCGGCUGAGCGGCCGGACCUCAGACCUGAUGGACUACAGCAGCGUCCCCACGACUGUCUUCACUCCCCUGGAGUAUGGCUGCGUGGGGCUGUCAGAGGAGGCAGCCGUGGCUCGCCAUGGAGAAGAGCACGUGGAGGUCUACCAUGCGUUCUAUAAACCACUGGAGUACACUGUCCCCCAGCGGGAUGCAUCUCAGUGCUACGUAAAGGUGUGGGGCCUCCUUCCAGCAGGUGAUACGCACAGUGGGCAUCCACCCCACCUGUGCGGAGGAGGUGGCCAAGCUCCGCAUCUCCAAGCGCUCCGGCCUGGACCCCACGGUGACCGGCUGCUGAGGCUAGGCAGCCAUCCGCAGCCCAGGGCGCUCGGCCCACUGCCGCCCCUGCGGCCAGGACACUGGACUGACGCCGAGCACCCAGCAAGGAUGGCGCAGGCCGGCACCGCGCACCCCGGACGCCGCCAGAUGAUGAGGACCUGUGCGGAAACCCCCCGCGGGCAGCCCAUGUCUGAGCCCCUGGCGUGACCCGGCGCAAAUAAAGAGACUGUCUUCCGGAA